AUGGCUGCGCAACUUCAUCCCAGCACAUCGACUUCUCCUAUGCAAACCACUUCAAUCACUUUGUCUUAUGCCAACAGCCAUCAAAGCAACCAAGACACAUACCUGAGGCUCCAACACACUAAAGCCCCCAUCCAUUGCCGGCGAACACUUUACUAUAUUGCGACUUCCACUUUGACAACACCUUCGCAUCCUCGUCCGCAAGCUCCUCAAAUACUCCGGGCGUUUCUCAUGCAGAGAACUGUGCCAAGGAUUCAAACAACAUCUCACUUCGAGCCUGCUAUGCAUCAGAUCGCAGACAACAUCCUGAGAUUGAUCACUCAGCGAUCUAAGAGCUACAUCAGCCGUCCAUGGCAUGGCUCAUAUUUCAUGAAACCACAAGCUGGAGGGAGAGCUGACUUUGGACACAGGACACACCCGGAAAGCACCUCAAAAAGUCAGCACUGGCUUGCCACCUAUUCUACCCCUUGUUGUCAGCAUUCCUCCACGAUGUCCUUGCCCACCAAAGAAGAGCUCCUAGCUCAGCUCUUACCUGACCCGAAACCGGAAUGUCCGGUCUGCCGGGACGAAAUGGAAGAAUCCACAUCGACACCUUGCACCCACACUUUCCACUUGCACUGCCUCGCAUCCUGGUUGGAGAAGUCAAAUACAUGCCCUCUCUGUCGGACUAAGCUGUACCGCGAGGCUCUCGAACCAUACUACUUUCGCGACUCACAAGAGCCACUAACCAUCAACGAUAUCAGUCCGCAUCCACACGUCUGGGCGGCCAAUUGGGCGGCCAAUCGUAACAUCGUCUUACGAAACCAUCGCAACAAUGUGUUGAAUCACAUCAACAAGUUCAGGGCGCUACAGCAAAGCACUUUCACUGGGCCCGAGAGAGCUUUCAUUGGACUCGAUCACGAUAUCUUGGACCGUCUAGUUGCUGCUUACUGCUGGUCGAGACCUAAUUCCGUCAACAAUCUCGGCAACGCUGAUCGGUGCCUCACGCAAUGGUGGCUGGUUUUCACGGCGUUCCUGGAAGUCAUUGAUCGGCUGCGAGGAAUGUUGCUCCUGUCGAAGAAAGUUGAGUUUGCUUUGAACCGAGCGCUACGACUUUUAAGGAUGACAUGGCGCAGGAUGCGUACGAGGAAAGGGUUGGUGCGCGUUUACGACGACCUGAUGAGAGCCGCAUCCCAAUUUGAGGGUAGGAAUCGAUCUUCAUAUGUCAUCUUGCUUUCCAUGCGCAGUCUUAGUAGCCACACAUCAUUCCAGGUGUGCUCGCUGGCAUUGUGUGAAGAAAUUCGAUCGAGCGUAAACGUCUUCCCAGAUGAGGGAAAGAGUGGCGCGUGCGAAUGCUUUCUCAGCCUGUCCGCCUCCGCGUGGAGACACGUUUCUCCGCCGCCCGAGAGCAUGACUCGCGCGCUCCCCACCAUGAAGCCUCACCGAUGCGAGCAUGACUAA